AAAGCCUGUGGUGAACGAAACGUUCUUGUCUAUGAUUUAGGUGGUAGAUCUUUUGAUAUCUCCCUCCUAAAUAUCGAAGGAGGAAUUUUUGAAGGUAUCGAUUUUUAUACCUCCUUAACGCGUGCAAAAUUUGAAGAAUUGAAUCAAGACUUGUUUCAAUCUACAAUGGAAUGUGUUGAAAAAGUACUUCGAGAUUCUAAAAUCGAAAUAAGUCAAAUUCAUGAAAUAAUUCUAGUUGGUGGUUCAAUACGAAUUCCUAAAAUUCAAUGUAUGGUAUCUGAGGUUUUCAAUGGUAAAGAACUAAACAAUCUAUUAAUCCUGAUGAAACCAUGGCCUAUGGUGCCGCCAUUCAAGCUGCAAUUUUAUCUAGUGAUACAUCUAAAAAAAACCAAUGAUUAUCUUUUAUUCGAUGUCGCUGCUUUAUCUCUUGGUAUUGAAAGUGCCGACGGUGUCAUCAUACCACUUAUUAAGCGUAAUACUAUAGUACCUACUAAGAAAUCUGAAAUAUUUCAACAGAAUUUGAAAAUCAAACAGAAAUACUUAUUAACGUUUAUGAAGGAGAAAGUGCCCGUAUAA